UGGGCGCGCCACAGAGAGACCACUCAGUUUGUGUAUAGCAGUCGCGCGUGUAGCUUCUAACUUGCCGCCAUUGACGGGAAACCGGGAUACGAAAAAGAGCUCCACUGUUGGUUGGCAGCUAGUUGGAGUUUGUGAAACUAUUCGAAGUCAGUGAAAAAGAAAUGAAUAAAGUUGCAUUCAGAGGAUGCUUGAAUAUUUUAAGGAAGUGACGAAUUUUCUAUUAGAAAAGUUUGGUAUAAAAACGCAUUUUUUAAAUAUUACCUACUGAAAAAACAACUUUAUAGGAAAUAAAGUGCAAAAUUAAAAAUGGCCAACGAAGUUCCUGCAAGCGGCAGUAUUUUAGGCAAAUGCCUUCCUGCCCGUUAUAUACUAGCCAUACUAGGCUCUUGUGGUAUGGCGAUCAUUUAUGGUCUGAAAGUAAAUCUCAGUGUCGCCAUGGUAGCUAUGUUGAAUCACACAGCCAUCGAGGCAGGACAUAACAUUGGACAUACAAUUCAUAACACGAGUGUCGUUAUUCAAUCGCAAGAAGAAGUUUGCGAGAGCCCAGGCGGUGGGAGUGCAAGCAAGCAAGAGGAUGGCCCUUUUGUGUGGAGUGAAAAAAUACAGGGAAUCUUGCUAAGCUGCUACUUCUGGGGCUACUUGGUUUCGCAAAUACCGAGUGCGCGUGUAGCUGAAAAGUUCUCCGCCAAAUGGGUAAUGUUUGUAUCGGUAGGCAUCAAUGUAAUUGCCACUUUACUUACGCCAGUGUUGACGCAAACACACUACGUCGGUUUAAUUGUAAUGCGCGUCCUGGAAGGCAUAGGUGGUGGCGCUACUUUCCCCGCGAUGCACUGCAUGAUUGCAUCUUGGGCACCACCCAAUGAACGCUCUGUUAUGUCAACAAUUAUAUAUGUGGGAACUUCCUUUGGUACAGCAAUCUCUAUACUAUUAGCUGGAGUUUUGUCGGCAAAAUGGGGCUGGGAAUCGGUCUUUUACUGGAUGGGCGGUCUAAGCUCGAUCUGGAUGAUCUUGUGGCUAUUUCUAAUCCAGGAUAAUCCGAAUAAACAACGUUUCAUAAGUCCGGAAGAACGACAAAUGAUAACGUCACAGCUGGGUACCGAUAACACUGCAGAACAUGAGGAACAUCCGCCAGUGCCAUGGAAGAAAGUGCUGACAUCCAUACCAUUCUGGGCCAUUUUGAUUGCUCACUGUUGCAGUAACUGGGGAUGGUAUAUGUUCUUAAUUGAAAUCCCAUUCUAUAUGAAACAAGUCCUAAAGUUCGAUGUAUCAAGCAAUGCCCAGUUCAGCGCACUGCCCUACUUCCCAAUGUUGGUUUUGAGUAUUUUAUUGGGCAAAACUCUGGACACACUGAAAGCCAAAGGGAAAAUUACCACAACCACCGCACGCAAAACGGCCACUAGCAUCUGUACAAUCAUCCCCGGAAUUUGCCUUUUAGCCCUCUGCAACAUCGGCUGUAAACACACCGCUGCUGUGGUGAUCAUGACAAUCGGCAUCAUUGGCAUGGGUGGCAUGUUUUCUGGUUUCCUCUCUAAUCACAUUGACAUUGCACCAAACUACGCCGGCACACUGGUCGCAAUUACCAACACUGCCGCAACCAUUCCGGGCAUUAUAGUUCCAAUAUUUGUCGGCCUCGUAACAACGAAUAACCAAACUAUUGAGGCCUGGCGUAUAAUUUUCCAUGUAACGAUUGUGCUCUUCUCUAUCGAAUUCUUGGUAUUUGUCAUCUUCGGUUCCGGUGAGGAACAAUCAUGGAAUAAGCUAGAGAAAAAAGAAGGAAAGGAUGAAGCUACGCCAUUGAAGGCUCAACCUAGUAAGGACAAUGUUUAGAGCUGUUUCGGGUACCGAGGAUUUUUUGAGAUUAUAAGUCAAUUCUUAGCUGUUGGUUAACUGUUGUAUACUUUAACCAAAACAUAGGUGUACAUGUACAAACAUACAUAUACACAGCCACGCAAAGACACUCAUACAUUGAAGCAAGAAAUUGUUUACCAUUUGAAAUGCCCAUUAAUUUAGUUAUGUGCUUGAUAUUAAACUAUUUCCAUACUCAGA